UCGGCGUUGCGGUGUUGUUCUUCUUGCUCUGCCCCGGAAACGUGAACUGUCAAAAUGGGCAGUGCCAUCUGGGUGGUCGGUCCGGAAAGCUCGCGUGAAAAGUGAGCCAGCAAGUAGGCAAUCCGCACAACAACAAAAAAGGCAUAAACCCAACCAUGCAAUCUUCCGGCUCCGACAUAAACCGCCUGUGCGAGUGUGGAAUCUGCUACGAAGGCUUGCGGGAUGCGCACAUCUGUCCGCAGUGUUCGAACCCGUUCUGCCACAGGUGCAUCACGCAAUGGCUGGGCCGGCACCACGAUUGUCCCGUCUGCCGGAAGCAGCUCAGCGGCCAGAAGCUGGUCAAGGCUCGCAUUUACGAACAGGUGCUGGAGCACGUAAACAGUGCUCCGCCGGUGGCCGCCAACGGUGCCAACUGCGCCAAGCACCGGGACAAGCAACUGUCGCUGUUUUGCUGGACCUGUACGGAGUGCGCCUGUGUCACGUGUCUGUUCUCGAAGACGCACGCCAAGCACAAGGAGCAGGUCGUUCUUUUUGAAUGUGCCUCCAAAAAGCUCAAAACUCGCGUCUUGAACGAACUCGGAUGGAUUAUUAGCCGCGAUCAGGAGAUCGACCAGGCCAUUGGUCUUCACGGAGAUAACGUAAUGAAACUAAGCGCUGAGAAGAAUCGUAUUUUUGCAAACAUUCAGCAAGUGCUCGAUGCAGUCAAGGGACAGUUUGAUAAGGAGUGCGCCAAGCAGCAGGAUAAAAUCAAUCUGCUCGAGGCAGAUAAGAAGAGCAACUCUGAACUGCGUGGAACGGCGGAGGAAUGGAUAAAAUCUGAGAAAAUAUUCGAACUGCUGCCAAAAAUCGCUGCACUUCUGAAGCAGAAUCGGUUCAACUCAACUCUUACGAAACCGAAGCCCGUCGAGAAUGUUAACCCAAACUUCAAAAAUGAUUUGAUUCCCGAACUAAUCCAGUUCACCCUGCCCGCCGAGGGCCGCGAAAUCUCGCAGAUCUUCAAGGUUGAUGGUGGGUUCGAAUUCAAAGUGCAAAUCAACCCCGACGGCGCUACCUUCUACAAGGUGGCACUAACCAUCGAGAAGGGAAUCGGCGGCGUUUAUCUCGUUUCUCUAGGAAGCAAUCCGCUGGAACCGAUUAAGUUUGUACUGCGUCAAGCGUCGCCCUUGGGUCGAGUUCAUCCCGGAGCGGAUGCGGCUCCGUCGGUGACGGUCAACGUUCAGCUGGCCAAGACGUACGCGGAAAAGUGCGUACAACUUCAGAGAUACGUUCACCAGCUGGAGCAGUUUGGCAAUAGUUUGAAAGUGGGCGGCCAGGAGCAACUUGCGGCCAAUGCGGCGCUGUCCGGCAAAUGCAAUGACCAGGAGGCCCACAUUCAAGAGCUGGUUCAGGUUCGGAACAAGCUCAAGACUCUUUGCCAGAACCAUCAAGAGAGGGUUGCUUUACUUGAACGUGGUGUGUACGAAUUGUCGGAAAGUUUGCGGUUUCAAACCGGUCAACUGCAGGAACGUGAACGUUUGCUUGCGGAAAAACGUUUGGAAAAAUCUGCGCUGGAGAAUGAUUGGCUGCAGAAGACGCAUGAUUUGAAUGAGAAAUGUGUGGCAAACUCUGACCUGGAGAAUCAACUGCGGAAGAAGACGCUCGAAUUCAAUAGACUGAAACGUGAAGCAAACCAGAAACAAGGCGCGCUGGAGAAUCAACUGCUGCAGCAAAGGCGUGAAUUGAAUGCAAAAAGUGCGGAAUAUUCUGCGCUGAACGAUCAACUGUUGCAAAAGAUGCGUGAUUUUAAAGCGCUGAAAAGGGAGUCGAUCAAGAAACUUGGCGCACUCGUUAUCGUGGUCAUGUGUCUGGGGUUGUAUGUUUUUAAGUAGUCUGCGCAGAGUAAUU